AUGACGGCGACGGUUGAAAGAGAUCCGUUUCGGGUCUUGCAGGUCAGCAACAUAUCGACCCAGGCCACGAAGGACCAAGUACAACAGCUGUUCAGCUACCUGGGCCGCAUCCAGGAAUUUAAGUUAUAUCCGACGGAUCUGAAUGUGACGGCGUCGACUUCUCAAAAAUUCGCUUACAUAAAGUUCGAAGAUGAGAAGGCCGUGGAGCUCGGGCAACACCUUACCAACUGUGUUCUGAUCGACCGUGCUAUCCUGUGCACGCCUUCGAUAGAAAAUGUUAUACCCGAUGAGGCGACCGCGCUCAGCAUGGGUGGUCCGGUACUGCCAGGCCAACGCAAUUUGCCACCAAAUUUGACGAACAAAAUUGAGCAAGACUCUGAGGGCGGCAGAAUGUUGGUCACCCACGAUCCUACCCUUGAGCAGCUCGGGCUCCCGCCCUACCCAGCCCUUCCAGAACAUACAGAACCCGCAAAGGUAGAAGAAAUCAGGCGAACGGUCUAUGUCGGCAAUCUGCCGAAGGGUGCGAACGGGCAAGAGGUGGCCGAUUUCUUCAAUUCUAACAUUGGCGAGGUAAUGUUCGUGCGCAUGACCACCGGACCCGAAACUCUGCCAUGCGCCUACGCCUACGUCGAGUUCUCCGCGCAGGGCUCCGUCCCAAUGGCCCUGCAGAACAGCAUGAUGCUCGACUUUCAAGGAAACUUGUUGAAAAUCCAGCAUUCCCGUGUCGCCAUCAUCAAGCCACAGCGCAAGACGGCUGACCAGGCCGUUGAGGAAAUCGAGGAGGCCAUUCGCAAGAAGGAGACCGGCCUCGCAUACAUGGCUCCCCGCUCACGCUCAAGGACUCCAGCUCGGGCCCGUGAUGAACGUGGACCUGACCGUGAUAGGAGACGGAGUCGCUCCAGAUCCGUUCGUCGUCGCAGCCGAUCUCGUGACCGUGGUCCUCCCAGAGAUCGUGAUCGCCGCAGAAGCAGGAGCCGCAAACGUGAAACUCGACGCUCCCCGAGCCGAGACAGAAGGCGAUCUCGCUCGAGGGACCGUGACAGGCGCUCCAGACGUUCUCGUAGCCGCGACCGUGACCGUGAGCGUGACAGGAAGAAGAGCCGUAGUCGUUCAAAGGAUCGUAAGCGAGACAAGGACCGCAAGGACCAUAAGCGGCGCAGCAGGAGCAGAACCCCGAAGAAGAAGGACACGAAACGUGAGCGCGAGAGAACCCCAGAGAAGAAGAAAGACAAGAAGGACAAAAAAGAAGAGCUGAAAGAUGAAGAAGCCAGGCUGCGUGAUCGUUUGUUAGAAAAAGCUUCCAGCCGGAAAAGCGACGAUAAGGAUUCGGCAGCCAGCGGUGACGUUCCGACCAAAAUCUCGAAUCAACGAAAACGGGAUGAUUCUACUUCUGAU